AUGGAGGCAUCAAACGACCGGGUCCAAAUGCCCCUUGCGCUGAUAGGCACAUUUGCUGCGUUGUCAUUCACCUACUUCACCGUCAGGACAGUCUACGACUUGUUUUUCGGCCCUUUGGCCCGUAUACCAGGCCCAGCUCUCAGCGCCAUCUCUCGACUUCCCCAUGUGCGGGACUUACUCAGAGGGAAGACUGUCGACACAAUCACUGAGCUGCACAAGACGUAUGGAGACGUGGUCCGAUUUUCCCCAAAUGAAGUGUCUUUCAUCUCUAUAGAGACGGCAUUUCCAGACAUCUAUGGCUUCCGUACAGGAAAGCUCAAGGGUCACGUUAACAUGCAGAAAGAUUCGGUCUGGUACGCAAAACCGGCGAACGGCGUCCCUUCCAUUCUGAUUGCUGACGAUGAGUACCAUUCAAGAGGACGAAGGGUUCUAUCUCAUGCAUUCAGUGAGAAGGCGCUGGCCGAGCAAGAGCCCCUUGUUCAAUCAUAUGCCGACCAACUGGUCGACCGUCUCAGGGAAGUCACUGCAAAGACCGGUGAAGCUCAAGACAUGUGCAAAUGGUACAACUGGACCACGUUUGAUGUCAUUGCUGAUUUAAUUGUUGGAGAGCCAUUCGGGUGUCUCCAGGACCUCACAAUGCACAAGUAUAUCACACUGUUGUUCCAGUCGCUGAAGGGGUUCCGCAUUAGUUACAUCCUACACUAUUAUCCCUGGCUCCAAGGCAUUGGUAAAAAGCUUAUCCCUGUAGAACUACUGGCGAAACGAAAAGAGUUCCAAGGCUGGGUGAAGAGUCAGGUCAGGAAGCGCAUCGAAAGGGAUACACAACGUCCAGAUUUCAUGACGCAAAUCCUCGCAAACAAUGGCACUAAAGGAGCUGCUUUGACCAAUGAACAGAUCGACGCAAAUGCCCACCUUAUGCUUGUUGCUGGCUCGGAGACCACCGCAACCCUGCUUUCUGGCGCAACCUAUUGCCUUCUCGCGAAUCCGGACAAACAUGAGACGUUGAAGCAGGAGAUUCGUGGUCGCUUCAAAGAUAACAGUGACCUCACGCUUGCGGCAGUCAACGACUCGCCGUAUCUAAUUGCGGUUCUCUCUGAAGCACUUCGAUACUUUCCGCCGGUUCCUGCUGGCUUCCAGCGACGUGUGGGCCCUGGAGGCGAGUUCGUCUCGGGCUACUACAUCCCGGAGGGAACGUCUGUCUCCGUGUCGCAUUAUCCCGCGUACCAAUCAGCAUACAACUUCAAGGAUCCAGACGACUUCAUCCCCGAAAGGUGGCUACCGGACCAGCCGACAUAUGCCGAAGACAAAAGAUCCGCUUGCCAACCUUUCAGCUUCGGCCCAAGAAAUUGCUUGGGCAAGAACCUCGCGUAUGCCGAGAUGAGGUUGAUACUGGCCAAGGUCAUUUGGUCCUUUGAUCUGGAGCUUGAGGCAGAGUGUCGCGACUGGAUGAAGAGGUGUAAAGUGGUCACGUUGUAUGAUAAGCCGCCUCUGAUGGUGAAGGUCAACGAUGUGAGAAAGUAG